AGAACGCAUGGCUGAGGUUGAACGCGCGUUGGAGAAGGGUGAUUGGUACCAAGCCUUUCUGGGUGUUCUGGAAACAUUUGAAUCGCAAUGUACCAUCAAACCAACUCGUGUGCUCUGUCUUGGGCUAGGAAGCCCAACAGAUUGGUCGCCAGCCCAGUACCAGCUCGCCCUGUUGAUGCGACUAUGUCAACACUUCAACAUUCCUCUUGAAAGGGCUGAAGUUUUUGACCCGGUCUUCACCGAAGAAGAUGAAGACUAUCUUAGAAGCGUGGGCUUGACAGUCCCUUCAGAGGACAAGGAUGCGCGAUAUGAGCUCCUGGAACCAACCCUCGUGUAUAUGCCACAUUGUGACUUGAUCUACUACAAUUACCUUCUCGAAGAGAAUUGGAGUGCGGAGCGAUUAGGAAACCUCCUCAUGUUGGGCAACAACCUAGAAGACUACGUGACGAUGGGCCCAAUGAAGCGUCUUCGAGUUAAGGGACCCCUGGUCGAGAAGAUCGUACCAUAUAUAAACGCAACAUCUUUCCCCCCGAAGUUUGAGCUGGAGAGCGGGGCAUUCAACGACACGCAAUUUCAGUUCGUCAAGCUUUCAGAGCUUCCUUCUAAGGGAGACGAUUUCUGGAAACUGGACGCUAGGGAGACGGAGAGAACAGCAAUUCCUGCCUGAAAUGCCUGAGAUAUAUCCUGUAUUCGUUUUUGGCGGACAAAGCAUUUGUAACAGGUAUUGGCUGUUGGGCAACCAUGACAGACACUUACACCGUGAACAUAGUGUCUGUGUGCUUUAACUCCAAGGCGACAGCCUAACGCCGCCCAUAGAGCUGUCUUCGAUGAAAC